AUGAAGAAUCCUGUGGCAAAAAUAGAUCUUUUAUUAGUUGGAGAUUUCACUAUUCACUACCUGGCUGAUGAUAUACAGAAAUUUUUUCCAAAUUCAGCAGAACUUAUUAUCACCAUUAGCGAUGUAAAAAAGGCAGCUACACUUUUGGAUGACUGCACGUUUGACAUGGUUUUCUUGAAGAUCACUUCAUUCCUAACUGCUGAGGAGCUAGAAGCUAUAAAGUUGAUUAGAUUUGGCAGAAAGAAAAAUACAGACUUGCUGUUUAUUUUUGUAAUCCCUGAACAUUUUAAAGGUUGUAUUUCAGGGCGUGGAGCUGAUGUUACUUUAACUGAACCAUUGACAAGGGAAAAGCUGAGUAUUGUGGUAAAAUGCUGGAAAAUGUGUUUCUCAAAUACUGUUAAGAAAGAAAAUUCUGCAAGGCCUAAAGAACAUGGAUCGCCCCUACUGAAUUCCUAUGGUGAACAUCUGGGAUGUUUUUCUACUGAUGUGUUCACUCGCUCUGAAUCUCUAAGAAAUGACAUUGGUCUUGAAUUUAAAGUUCCAUUGUCAGAAUUUGAGAAAAGCAAACAGAUGUCUUUCCUUCAUUCAAGCAAAGAAAAGCUGAGAAGAGAACGAAUCAAGUAUUGCUGUGAGCAGCUGCGCAUUCUGUUACCGUAUAUCAAGGGGAGAAAGAAUGACUCAGCUUCAAUUCUUGAGGCAACAGUUGAUUAUGUGAAGUAUGUCCGGGAGAAAAUCCCUCCAGCUGCCAUGAGACAGAUUACAGAAGCCCUUCAGAGUAAUACCAGGUUUUCUAAGAAACAAAUGCCCAUCCAGCUAUCCCUCCCAUGCACAGUCAAGGAGGAAAGGGAAAACAAUGCGUUGGCAAGCACUUACUCACCUGUGAGAGGGAUUCAGUUCCUGGCUAAUAAGCGCUUGAAUGUGUAUUCCCUUCCUACUGCAGGGGCCUCCUUGGACGAACCUGUGAGAGGACAGUCAAGCUCAACUUCAGAGAGUGCAGUUGAUGAUCUGUAUAAAACUCGAAUUCCCAGUGCAGCUCUCUCUCUUAAUUCCUUCCAUGCUGUCACAUAUUAUUCUAAAGUCAUCCCUUCCUAUGAUGCAGCUGCUGUAACAAAUCAGAACGUUCCAAUUCAUUUACCAUCAGCUGUACCCAAAGUAUCAAAGUUUCUUCCCCAGCACUGCAAUUCAGUGCUGGGCCAGACAUGUGCAACACAUCCCAACUGUCUGGUCUGUUCUCAGGGCAGUUGCAAGAAGCAAGAGAACAAGUGAUUCAGUGCAAGUAUAAGGAUGAUGUGUUACCUUAUCUGGAAUGACAGAAUUGAAGAUGAAGAUGAGAAAUGUCCCUUCAAGGCUCACCUCAUCCAACACAACACAUCACAAUCAGCAUUUUGACAUUUCACUUGAAUUCCUACAAGGCCGUUUGCCUUCUUUCUAAGUAGCUUUUAGAUUACUUCCUGAAACAGGUAAAAUCUAAAUUGGUUUUUGAAGAAUGGAAGUAUUGUUGUCUAAUUUCUCAUGAGAUUAUCCUGUCAGACAUAUUAAAGGCCACAGGAAAUAUUGGAGCAAAAGGGAAGUUGGAAAAAAGAAACAGCAUGAAAUAGAAGAGAGAAUGUUAGACAGGUUGAGUUGGAGCAAGUGUUUGAAGCAUGUGGAAAUGUAAUGAGUGGUAGCACUCAGGUCUCCUGAAACUUCUAGGUAGUAGAGGUCAUUGGGCUAAGAGACUUGACAUAAAGUGCAGUUAUGUGCAGGCUACCUAUGCUUCCUCAUUCCAAUACUAUUUCUUUUUUGGAAGUACCCCACAUAUAAUCUUGUCUUACAAAGCCUACCUAGACUUAAACAUUCUUCCAUCUAUGUCCCCUGUACUCCAUACAUUUUUAAAUCACAGUGUUUAUAAUUGUUACCACAUUUGAUUAUCUGUUUGUCUCCCUGAGAGAAGGGACCAUGUCUUUGGCCUCUGUGCCCUCAUCAGUUAGCCCAGUUGCUGUUAUUUGAAUAAAAUUUUGUUAAUGGACUUACUGACGAAAGCCUGUUCUCUAUAGAUGACUAACAUUAUUUGUAUUUGUAUUUUAAUUUUAAUUUUUUCAGACAGAGUCAUGCUAUGUUUCUCAAUCUUAACCUGAAGUCUUGAUUUUUCCUGCCGCAGUCUCCUGUGAUUGUAGCCAUG